AUGGCGAUCGAAAAGGUCAUGAUUAUUGGCAAUUGGGAGCUCGGUCUAAGCAUCAUCAACGCUUUCCUGCCUUCUGGUGACAAUCAAAGGCACUCGAACAUACAGCUGUCGAUCCUCACAAGCCCGUCACAGUGGCUACGCCUGCCACCACAUGUAACCACCAAAGACGUUGAGCACCGCAAGUCCGACUUCUCGCCUGCUUCGCUCAAAUCUGCGCUCACCGGGCAAGACCUGGUAAUCAGUACCACUGCCGGAGGAGAUUCAGAGCAGCAGAUUGGUAUCGUAGACGCCGCCGUCGCUGCAGGUGUAAGCCGAUUCAUGCCCCACGAAUUUAGCCAUGACACGCUCAACGAAGGAAUUGAGAAGCGCACAGUGAAGUCAGCUGGACGUGCAAAGGUUGUUAAACAUCUGCGGACAGUCUCUGCAAACACACGCAACUUCGAGUGGGUCGGUGUUGCGACAGGCUACACGCUCGACACUGGCCUCAUCAGCGGCAGUCUUGGCUUCGACAUGGAAUGGCACAGCGCUACGAUCCACGGCAUCGGCACAGAAACCUUCGCCGCCUCGAGUCUACAGCGAGUGGGACAAGUCGUGACACGCGUGAUUGAGAACUGGGAAGGUGUCAAAAACCAGUACAUCUACGCAGCUGGCGUCUUAACCUCCGCCAACGAGAUCCUGCGAAGCGCCGAAAAAGCCACCCACCGAGAGUUCGCAGUCGGCAACUACGACGUUGAAGACUGCAUCAGAGAGGGCGAAGCACGCAUCCAGCGCGGAUUUCCUGACUCGGGAAUGUUCUUGCUGGAACGCAGCAUCCUCUACGAUGAGCAGCUAGGUGCUGCAGAACCGUUCGAGCUGUGCAGCAGCAAUGAACUGUUGCAGCUUGUGCCUGAGUCUGUCGAGACAAUCGUAUCGAAUGCCUAUCACGACUUCAAGCAUCACGGCAAGCCUGGGUGUGGAUGCUCAUCGUAA